GCUGCGAGGACCUUCUCUGUGGUGCUGCACCACCAACAGUUUCUUUACGGUGGAUUUAAAGUGUUUUUCCAGGUAUGAUGGAUGCUAGAGGGAUUCGCUUGAUGUUUUGCCUUCUCCUGUUGGCACACUGCACGUUCCAGCAGACCACCUCAAAGAAAAGAAAUGGCAAGAGAGACUCUGCAAACAAUGCUGCGAUUGAAGAGCUGAAGAAACAGAUUAAUGACAUUGUUCAAGAGCUGACUUUGCUGAAAGAGCAGCAAGCAUUACAGACAGUUUGUCUGCGAGGCACCAAGGUCCUCGGCAAGUGUUUCCUGGCUGACCCAGUGAAGAAGACCUUCCACGCAGCCAGCGACGACUGCAUCGCCAAAGGAGGCAGCCUGGGCACUCCCCUGACAGGAGACGAGAACGACCAGCUCUACAGCUACGUGCGCCAGAGCAUCAGCCCAGAGGAGCACAUCUGGCUGGGCAUCAACGACAUGGUGACCGAGGGCCAGUGGGUGGACCAGUCAGGCUCCGGCGUGCGCUUCAAGAACUGGGAAACAGAGAUCACUCUGCAGCCAGAUGGAGGGCGCAACCAGAACUGUGCCAUCCUCUCCACCACAGCCAAUGGGAAGUGGUUUGAUGAGAGCUGCCGGGCCGAAAAGGCUUCUGUGUGUGAGUUCAACAUUGUCUGAAGGCGGGUGCUUGCUUUCUGACAUCAAUGUCAUUCGUAUGAACAUUAAAUGCUGCUUGCAGAAAAGAGAGUAUUACUUUGCAUCUUCCUUAAGCUCACAUUUUCUUGACCAAGCCAUUCAGGUGGACUUCACACAGUGGUCUGGGAUACAGUAGGUCAUUGUAUAAGCUAAACUCACAGGGGCAUGAUUGCUUUUGUCAAUGCAAUGAAACCUUGUUUUGAGUAUUUGAGUAUCUUUUCUGAGGCACCUUUGUUCUGAAUAUCACGUUGUGCUGCUUAUAUUACAUUACAUAAUGUUAAUACAAAUAAAAUAGUGACUCCUCA